UUCGACAAGUUGCUGAUUGGCUGGAUGCCAUGUGCAAGUAGGGCCACUGUCAAUCAAUACAGCGUGGACUUGUGGUUGAUUUGGCCAGAGAAAAAGAAGUACUUGAACGUGCUGGACGUUUAAGUUGGAAGGCUUUUCGUGUUCACAAAGCUAACUGCGUUUAAACUAAGAACUCUAUCCUCAGAUGUACUAUCUCGCCAUUGCCGCGAGAGGGCACUUGCAGAAUUAACGUUCGUAAGUAGGAAAAAAAAACUGGGCUAGUUAGCGUGGAACAACAUGAGUUGGCGUUGAGCCUACCUGAGUAUUUCGUUUUCUGUUAGGACGUCCGUCUCUUCCUGUUGUGUAGUUUUAUUCUAGCUGCAACCGUGGCCACGCUGGACCGAGAUUACUCAAUCUACCACCCAUUUGGGGUGGUCAGCUCGGCUGUAGGUGCAGGCCAGCAUCACGGAAUCGAGCACGAACUGAAAAUGACCGGUGGUCUUCCGACAAUCCAUAGUCACACUUCUCUACCUAUGGUUACUAGUCCUUCGCCCAAUUCCUCACCCUCCUCGCUUAGUUACACACAAAGUGGUAACGACUGUGGAGGCAGUAGCAACAAAAACAAGAAGGACGCAGAUAGAGUGAAACGACCGAUGAACGCCUUCAUGGUGUGGUCUAGGGGUCAGAGAAGAAAGAUGGCCCAAGAAAACCCCAAGAUGCACAACUCCGAGAUCAGCAAGCGGUUGGGAGCUGAGUGGAAAUUACUUUCGGAGGCUGAAAAACGACCUUUUAUUGAUGAAGCCAAACGACUACGAGCAGUGCAUAUGAAAGAACACCCAGAUUAUAAAUACCGCCCUCGACGGAAAACCAAAACCCUCAUGAAGAAGGAUAAGUACCCAAUGGCUACAGGGCUGCUCUCAACCGAUGGCCGGGCUCCCACUUCUGCCGUUCAGCAGGUCAGCCGUGAAAUGUACCAAAUGAACGGCUAUAUGCCUAACGGUUAUCCCACUAUGAUGCAGGAAGCAUACCAGCAACAUGCGGCGGCGGCGGCGGCAGCUUCGUACGGGUCUCAGAUGGUUGCUAACAAUGCCCUUUAUUCACGAUAUGAAAUGGCCCAACUGUCCACGCCAAUGACCACGUGCUCUAACAUAAGCAUGCCUUACAUGAACGGUAGCUCCAACUAUUCUAUGCCCAUGUCCUAUUCACCCAUGCAAACCACGAGUCCCAUGCCUGCCCCGUGUCCCAUCAAAUCGGAACCCAGUCACAGUCCUGGCGUCCAGACCCCGCCGUGUGCCAUGACAGCAGCAGCCGUAGCUGCAGUGACAGGAAGAAGACCGGGAUGUACUUCUGAUCUCCGUGAUAUGAUCAGUAUGUAUCUGCCGGGCGAUGGCAGUGGUGACCCCAAUGUCCAGAGACUUCAGCUUCAAAGUCACUAUCAUCAAACCGACCCAAUCGGGGCUGGCACUAUGCCUUUAACACACAUGUGACUACUAAGUGAAUUUAUCUAGCAUAUUAUCAGUCCGAGGGUAUAUUCACAGGUGGUGAGAGAUACAAGAAGAUUGAUGAAUGACCAAAGGCUAGCUUGUGCGCAAGUGGUGAUUAUAAAGAAAUAUCAUGGCCAGAAAAAUAUUGUACAGUGUCUAUUUCCUUGUCUUGUUUCAGUCACGCUUGGGCUGCACAUGGGGAAACCCACACCGAGGUCCAAAUUCGUAAGUGCGUUUCAUUCGUAGUUGUAUAUAUAUAUAUACACACAUAUAUAUAUAUAUAUGUGUGUGUGUGUGUGUAUGUAUGUAUAUA